AUGGCUUCUCCGUCUGAAGACCAACCAAAGAAAGAACCAGGUGAUCAGUCUUCGCCCACAGAUAAUGCCCCGGUAUCGAGGAAUCACCAGCCGGAGAUGGGUUAUUCCCCCGUUAUGGGGUACCCGAACCCGAACCCACAUUGGCAAUUACCAAGCAACCCUCCACCCUAUCAUGGUUACGCCUACCAUUAUGUUCAGCCACCACCUACAGCCCAUUACCCACCCGAGCCCUAUUCUUCGCCCAUGUCAGGCUUCGUCCGCGGUUGUCUCAUGGUGAUGACGGCGUUUGUCUUUCUUUCAUUCAUGAGCACCGUCAUGGUGUGGCUCAUUCUACGCCCAGAGCUCCCAGUUUUCAGAGUGGCCGCUCUCUCCGUUUCUGAUUUUAAGACCUCCUCAAAUUCAGAUUUCACGGCCAGUUGGGCCGCCGACGUUACGGUCGAGAACCCAAACCACAAACUGAAGGUUUUCAUCAAUCAGAUUGAUAGUUUCGUGUAUUACAACGAUUAUAUCUUGACGUCCUCUUUGAAAGCCGAGUCGUUGUUCUUGAAUUCAAAAGGAAAUGGCGUAUUGCACGUAAUGCUAUCCACAAAUAACACAGAUGAUCGACACGUGGUGGAUGAGUGGGUGGUGGACGACAUGGGCCAGGACCGAAACGGUGGAACGGUGAGCUUUGAUUUAAGGAUGUUGGUGUCGUCGACCUUCAAAUCUGGAGGGUGGUGGACGAGGGGCUCCAAACUAAAAGUUUUCUGCGAUAAUUUGAAUGUUGGGUUUGUGGGUGCCAAAGGCAACGGAACAUUACCUCCUGAGAAGCCUGGAGCAUGUUCGGUUUAUGCGUGA